UGAAACGUUCUGUGCCAGUUGUGCCAGUCUUGCCUUGGCAGUGAGGCGUUUGAGUGUGACUGAUACUGGUGUUAUGAUCCGUAGUGCUCCAACGAUGGAGGACUUGAUAACUGCUCUUAAGGAAGGUGACAUAGCUAAAGUGGUCUUACUCCUACAGCACCACCGAGAUCUGCUGACAACCGCAGAGCCACACCCAUGGCUACAUCUAGCCGUAAAUGCUCCUGCCAAUUGUCGUCCUUUACUCCUAUUGCUCCUAGAGGCUGGGAUUUCCAGUGAUACCCCUGACGCUGUUGGGAUCACUGCUCUACACUUGACUGCUAAAAAAGGCCAAGUAAAGUGCCUUCAGGACCUGCUGCAGUGGAAGGUCAGUGUUGACGUUAAAGACAAUAUGGGUCUGACUCCCUUACAUUACGCAGCCUUCAGUCGUCACAGAAGAGCUCUGACUUGUAUUAAACUCUUAAUACAAGCAGGAGCGUCUCGUGAUGCUCAUAACAACGAAGGGCUUACCCCUCUCCAUGUUGCAGUAGACGUUGGCAAUAUUUCCACUGCAAGGACACUUUUGGAUUUAGGAGCUUCGCACGCUCUGACCGACGCACGAGGAAGGACGCCUCUGCAUUUAGCGUCAACUACGAAAAUGGCGGAGACUCUGCUGUCUGCCGGAGCUAACGUGACGUGCGAGGACGGCGAGGGUCACACACCUCUGGACAGAGCCAUCAAGCACUUCCCAGAUAUCGUCCCAACACUUCUGGGCGCCGGAGUAGCCGUCCAAGGUGACCCUCAGGAUAAAGACCUUCGUGUCUUUUUCCACCUUAAUAUUAUCAGUGGGGGUCAAGGAAGCGAAGUGAAGCUGUUAAAAACUAUGGUACAUUAUGGUCAUUACGAUCUCUUAAAACAUCCACUAUGUGAAACAUUUUUACAUCUAAAAUGGCUUCUUAUUUAUCAGCUGCUUUACAUCAAGUGGGCAACAUGCACUGGUGCUGUAGCAUCGGUAACAGCAAACUUGUCUCUCAGGGCCCGUCUUCCACUCAAAGACGAUAACGAGACCAACAUAGAGUGGCUGAAUAAUAACUAUACCGUGUUGACAACUAUUGCAGUGCUACAGGGAGUAUCUGCAGUUCUUCUGUCACUGUUAUUGGCUAGAACCAUUAUGCAAAUGUUGGUGCUCAGGUCUCGCUUCUGGCACAAGGUGGACAAGUUAUUGGAGUUGGUGUUCUUAAUAUGCUCGGCCGGUCUUGUGGCAAUGCGGGGUAGACUAGAGACGUGGGAGCGUCAGGUGGGAGCCCUCACACUCCUGUUGGGGUGGUAUAAUGUGACGGUCCUCAUCGGUCAUAUCCCUUCCGUCGGCAUUUACGUCCAGAUGUUUAAUAACGUGGCAGUGAAAAUAAUUAAAUUCACAGUUGUGUUCUCAUCAUUGCUCUUUGGCUUUGCUAUCAGUUUCCACCUGUCAUUUGAAAGGACAGUGGCAUUUCAAACAGUGUGGUCCUCUUGCCUUAAGACACUUGCAAUGAUGGUGGGUGAGCUUGACUUGACUGACCUCUUAGAGAGUGACACCACUCAAUCUCUAAAAGGAAUGCCAGAAGUGCUGUUUGUCGUCUUUGUAUUGUUCAUAACAGUGGUCAUCGCAAAUCUCUUGGUGGGCCUUGCAGUGCAGAAUAUCCAAGAUUUGUUGAAGGUUGCUGGGGUUCGACGCCUGGCUCUCACAGUGGAGCACGAGGCAAUGGUUGAUCAAAUGUAUUCUUCUCACUUGAUCUCCUACCUUCUUCCAGACAAGCAUUUAGCCUGGUUAAGAAAAAAGUUUUCCCUUCUCCAACAAUUUCCUUCAAGAUUUCUCUCCAUUUUCAGUCCAAGAAAGCAUACAUUAGCAACGUUUGAGUGGUGGACAUUUGAAGCAGAAGCAGCAUAUACUAAAUGUGGACAUAUGAAUCGCUACAAUGUGUUUAUACAACCAUAUGACACAGUGGACCCAGCACAGGUGUAUUGCAGACAAUCAAAUAAACAAAAACCAAUUCCUACUGGUUUCAAAUUGCCAUCUUGGAUAAUCAGGAACACCAGGAUCCUCCUUGAGAGUGGCAUCCAGUUGGGAACAAGCAAUGCUGCUGUCAUACAUAGGUAUGAUAGUGACAACAACAAAAGUGAUACUGUUGAUAUUUCUCUUAAAAGUGAAAAUGUAAUUUUGUUUAAACUCCAGGAACAAAUAAAUGACUUAAAAGAAUCCAUAGCAACUAUGAGUCAACUCAAGGAAACACACUGUAAUGUUUCACAUGAAACUAUGCUUUAAGUUUUUCUAAAUUUGUUCAGCCUUAAAGUCCAAAGAAUACAGUAAGAACAACAGGUUAUUAAAACCAACAGAUAUUGAAGUAUGAAUGAGAGACCCAAGGUGCUACCUGUGACAGAUAUUGAGGUAUGAUUAAUUAAUUACCUAAGUGCAGUUAAAGGAUGAGAGCUAUGCACGUGGUGUCCCGUCUUCCCAUAAGUCUUUGUCAUAUGACACUUUGAAACUACUGAUAGUUUUGGCAUUAACCACCUUCUCACUUCACUUGUUCCAACCAUUGACCACUCUUGUUCCAACCAUUGACCACUCUUGUUCCAACCAUUGACCACUCUUGUUCCAACCAUUGACCACUCUUGUUCCAACCAUUGACCACUCUUGUUCCAACCAUUGACCACUCUUGUUCCAACCAUUGACCACUCUUGUUCCAACCAUUGACCACUCUUGUUCCAACCAUUGACCACUCUUGUUCCAACCAUUGACCACUCUUGUUCCAACCAUUGACUACUCUUGUUCCAACCAUUGACCACUCUUGUUGGCAAAAGUCAACUUUCUAAUGUUUUUUGGCAGCUUUGUUUCAAUAGUUUGAACCUGUCCUUUCUUGAAAUUGCAGCUUUAAACAAUUUUUCUUGUCAAUUUUGUCGAUACAUUACAAUUUUGUAUGUAGUGAUCAAAUCACCUCUUUUUCUCUUAUCUUCUAACUUCGGUAUAUUUAAUGCCUAUCUAUCCUCUCCUUGUAGCUCGUUUUUCAGUUCCGGGAGCCACAUAGUUGCAUGCCUUUGCACCUAAUCCAGAUCAUUGCUUCUUGGGGUAUGGGCACCAUACAACUGCUGCAUUUUCCAACUUUAGUUUUACAUUUUAUGUUAUUCCACAAUCUAUAACAUGCAUUUGUGGAACCCAAGGUGCUGUCUGCGACAGAUACCGAGGUAUGAGUGAUGGACCCAAGGUAACAUUAGAGUAUGGAUGGAACUGCCAUGUCCAUUAAUUUUUUUUAAUUUAAACACUAAACCCACACAUUAAAAAAAAUUAAGAUAUGUCUGAUCCAUCCUGUUCUAGGAUAGACUGAAUUAUCAUCUGUGCAUUUUACUACAGUAUUAUGGGGUUUUGUUACAAAUAUUAUUUGAAUGAUAUAAUAUGCAAGUCAAAUUAUUUGUCUAUAAGUACAUAUACUGUAUAAUCAAAUAUGGUUUCCUCUAACCUACUAGCCUGUGUUUCAAAUGACAAACCUCUCCACAAAAGAUCAGUCUCGCCUAUGGUGUAAAUUUAAAUAAUUAAAUUUAUAGUCAGCAAUGAUUUUAUCGUUAUCUUUUUAAUAGUUCCCAUCCACAAUAAAUUUCUCCCAGAUACCAUUUUUCUGCUAAUGACAUACAUCUCUUAAAAUUUUGAACCCAAUCUAAACUUCCCUGAAAAUGCUGAAUUCCCAAUUUAUGAGCCAAGCACCUUUACGUACUUUAAAUUUGUUUAUCACUGCCAGGUACUGUCAAACAAUGUACUAAAUGAGCAUAAACCCAGUCCAGAGAUUGCUUCUUAAGCAAUUAAGAUUUGAUGCCAUAUGGUGUCAUGUCUAACCUUUCAAAAUUAGACUUUAGAACCAAUAUUACAUAUCUGAGUUAUAAGUAGGAUGUCUAAAUGUAUCGUAAUAUUCACAGAGGGUAAGAUUCACUCUGGGGUUUCCAAUGCCCAUCCCGGGUAUCUCAAAAAGUAUCCGUAGUGUAUGAGCAAAGAACAUACAGCUGAUGGACCAAAUCAUGGUAUGAUUUGAAAGUGUUCAUAUCAUGCAAAACUUUGGUACUAUAAUGGCUUUUUUCAGGGGGGGGGCAUAAUGUAGUGCAGAGCUAAUUUUGUUAUUAUAGUGUGCAGUACAGCAUAGGGUCACAAAUACUAGAAUAAGUAACACUGAUAUCUUGGAGUUAUAUAAUGUACUAUAUAGUGGCCUAAUAGGCAUUUGUUAAAGUAGUUUCAGUACAUGUUGAAGAGGACUAGUCCUUCCGUGCAGUGUGGCAAAUUGAGACUUGACAAUGUGCUAGCCUGAUGGUGUCUCAAAUAAUAGUGCUGUACUGGUACUAUAUUAUUAUCAUUAAUAAUUUUAUCAUGGUGUUAUUUUGUGCCACACUACUAGCAAAAUGUUUCUCUUUAAUAAAUAAUUUCAUGAAUGUUAGAACACUAUUACAUAUUUUGAAGAAAAAAUGUAAUUUAUAUUUCUACUUACACUGUAGUUUUUUACUAAAAGUACUUUUCAAAUACUAUUUGUUAUUCCAAAUAAUUAUUCCCUAUUUAUUAUUCCAAAGGCAUUUUAGUCAUAUUAAAAAUAUGAAUAAAUAUUUUUAGGACAAGCUGCUAAGCCCAGAGAAUUGGAAAAUUGCAUGGACAGGUUACAGUACCUAAGAUCUACGUCAAUUCUAAAAAUGUUGUGAAAUGUGAACCCUUAGUGUUUUGUAUAUACUGUACUGUACAAUAUGAUAUGAAUUAUAUAAAAAGUUACUGUAAAUCAACUUCUUUCAAAUCACAUCUGGCACUGAGGGUAUUUCACUUAACAGUACACUACUCUUUUGGCAAGUUAAGUACAGUACUGUAAUAAUUUAUUAAACUACAGUAUUUUACAUAAAUAUUUGAUUUUUUUUUUACACUGGACCAUCCAAAAUCCAGAUUAUUGUAUAUCACUCAGGACCCAAUCCAGAUUUACAUGAAAUUUAAAUUUACGAAUACAGGGGUACUGUAAUCACCCUUUUUGACUAUUUCUCACUAAAUUUUCCAAUCUUUUGGCAAAUGAUUCAUGUUUUGGUGUAUUUAGACAAAUUAUACAUAAACAAAUAUUGUGCAUGCAUAUAAAAUUAUGAUGCAAAGAUA